AUGAAGCCAGAUCCAGCCCUGUUGAAUGCAGCUAAAAGAAAAAAGCAAAUGAGUUCAAUCUCCCCCGGUCCAAUUGUGGAGGGUUUACUCGCUGCCUCCACUGCUACAUAUCUUCCUCCAUCGGACCUCAACUUGACUUAUCAACGAUUGGCGUCUGCACAGACGUCUUAUCUCCUCGGCGACUCUAGUAGUAUGGCCUGGCUAGAUGACGAUCUGCUUAAGUUUAUGAAGUCAAGAGGACAGAACUGGACGGCAGGUGACAUGUUAAAUUACACUGUUCGCGAGCCAAGAGCAUUACAGGUCGGAUUCGCUGGCCUCACCAUAGAAUCUUUUCCUGCUCCCGCUUCUGGUGGUCCGUUUUUACUGAGCCUUCUGGGAAAUCUGGAUUUUUUAAAUACUAUGAAACCAUUAAAUUUCCACGCGCUGUUGAGAAAUGAUCCCGAAGAAACGGCUAUCCUCCUCCACCGUUUGAUCGAAUUGUCCAAAUUUGCCGAACAAGGUGCAGCCGGGUUGGGUGAUGCCUCGGAUCCAUCCCUGCAAAGCUUACUCUAUUCGUUGGAAACGCUCAUUGGUUCUGCGUUUCAUCAACCGGGUAAAGAUGAGUUACAAAAGGAUUUACUCUUCUGA